GCCAAACUCAGGGGGCAACUGUUUGACGAGGUAUGCUAGAGCCAUGGAAUCUACUCCACCACUGAUACCAAGUGCCAAGCGGCAUGACUGUCCUUGUGGUCUCCAUAUUGAGAGGAACGCCUUUGCAAACUCUGCCACUGAAACUGGUGUGUAUACCAUACCACACUGCUCAUACCCGACCCUACUCGGCCAGGGCGUGUUGUAGGCAGUGCGAUGGAGACCAUGCAGCCAGCUCUUGGACAACCUCGGUGGAGAGAGAGCUCAAACAAUCGAUUGGUCCGUGCGUAUAUGAGGUUCUGGAAUUUUCCCGGAGUCGACCAUUUUCCUCUCGUCAUCUCCGCCUCCGCCGCAAUACAAGAACAACAAACUUCAAACUAUCAUCUCUCAAUUGCAUCUUUGUCGUCGCGAUCAGAUUCAUCUACUCAAUCCAUCACAAUGACUACCGCCCUCAAGUCCAUCAAAUCCCUCGCUCCUCUCCUCGACCGCGUCCUCGUGCAGAGAAUCAAGGCCCAAACAAAGACUGCCGGUGGCAUCUUCCUCCCAGAGUCCGCGGUCAAGGAACUCAACGAGGCCAAGGUCCUGGCCGUCGGCCCCGGCGGUUUCGAUAAGGAUGGCAAGCGCAUGACACCCAGCGUCGCACCCGGCGACAAGGUCUUGAUUCCACAGUAUGGCGGCAGCCCGAUCAAGGUCGGCGAGGAGGAAUAUUCCCUGUUCCGCGACCACGAGCUCCUUGCAAAGAUCAACGAAUAAGCACAUGCGCUCUCUGAAACAAAAACGAUGUGUUCUCUCGAAAUUCAUGUAUACAUAUAUUUGUCGGCGUCGUCAAUGCGUAACAGAGGCGUCGUCGCGGCGCGUCGCAAUUCUUGGGGG